AUGUCAAGGUUUAAGUUUUUCUCACGCAAUCAAGAGCAAGGUGAAACAAUUGAUCAAUUUGUGACGGCGUUGCGGUUGCUAAGUCAAAAUUGUGACUUUGGUGAUCUAACUGAUAGCUUGAUCAAGGAUCGGAUAGUGUGUGGAAUAGCGAGCAACACCGUCCGAGACCGUCUGCUGCGGACCGACGACCUCAGUUUGGCGAAGGCAGUGCAAGUGUGUGAGGCCGCCGAACUAUCCAAAGAGGAAAGUCGCUGCAUAGAAGGGACCUCCAGUGAAGCGAGGGUGGACGCUGUGAACAGCAGGACGGAGCACGAGGGCCGCGGCAGCUGGCGGGGCAGGUGA